AUGAAUAAUUUUUAGGAGGAGUAAAACUUAGGAGAUGAAGAUCCUUUUCAAUAAAAUUUCAUAAACGAAUUAGUAAGAGAUCAAUAUUAAAUUUUAAAGGUUAUGAAUACGUUAGCUUAAGAUUAACUAAAGCCAUAUAAAAUUUAGAUAAAAAAGAUGUCUUACAAGAAAAUUGCAAAGCAUUAAUAUGCAAAUAGAAUCAGAAAUCAUAAGGAUUGA